ACUAAGCUAAAUAAGUUCUACUCGCUUGCCAUGGCUCAACCACCAUCGUUUCAACCAGAGUUUGUCCCAUUGAAAGGAAAUGAGUAUAUGCGUCGUGAAGACCCUCAUAGAGCGUCCAAGUUCGAACAUACCGCCGUCUUGGGACUGCCCCAGCCCGUUGUGCCUCAGCCCAGGGAUCACAUUAUCUGGUCAAUUUGCAGCCUCGUGUACGGCAACCCAUGCUGUCUCGGAAUGUUAGCGGUGUAUUUCUCCAUAAAGUCCAGGGAUAGGAAGAUGGUUGGAGACUUGGAGGGAGCAAGACAACACGGGAAGACAGCACGCUGCUAUAAUGUUGUGACCCUGACCCUGUUAAUCGCCGGGCUGCUCUCCUGCCUCAUCACCUAUGGUAUCAUCUACCAAAUUGCACACUGAGUAGUUCCAAUCUUUGCUUUUGUAAAACGUGUUCAUUUGGAGCCUAGCCAGAUGUUACACACCUCUCUAGGAUUGUGUCCUGAUACAUUUCGGCUCAUCUCUUAAACACACACCACAGAAGUUCCUUCAGCCCUGUGUACCAGAGCUUAUUUGGACUUUAGUUUUUUGUUUUAAGGAUACAAGAUGAUUCUGCUGAAGUUCCAUUCAAAUGUUAUUUUUUAUCAAUAAUUUUUUUUAAAUUGUAAAUGCAUUACAUUUGAGUUUUUAUAGCUGUUAAUGGAUGUUAACUGUUUCUGUGAGACUCAUAAUAUAUAGAUAUACAGUCACUUAACAAGAAAAAAAUGCAAAUGGCUAUGUAUCUAUUUGGCAUAACAGAACUUGGCUCUGUCUGCAAUUAAACUGUUUACUUAAUCU